AAUAAAGUAGGAGAAAAAAAGAACUGAAUGGUUGGUUGGUAAAGAAAGAUGAUACGUAGCUUCCGGUUUAGAGCUCCGACGAACCAUCCCGGUUCCUCCAUCAAAACCGACCACAGCCACCGGUUAAUCAGGUUUCCAACGAAAUGCUCGUCACCAGAUCUCAGCCAUUACACGGUUCUUGGUUUGACUCCUUUUGCAUCUCAAGCCGAAGUCAAGCGAGCCUUCAAACGUCUCGCCCUUAAGUACCAUCCAGAUGUGCAAAAGGGACAGGAGAAGGAUUUCAAGGAGAUCAUAUCAGCUUACGAGUGUUUGAUGCAAAAGUUUGAGAGUCAAGAAGAAGAAGAAGUAGAGGAGAUUACAGAACUGGAUGCAACCGACGAGUGGGAAGAAUGGAUGGGAUUCGAAGGUGGGAUACCAUCAAGCGUGUACACUUCUUUUUAGAGAAAAUACCAACGUGUACUUGUUACACCAAAUAGAGGUAGAGUCAUAUUAACCAAGAUUUUGAACUGUCACCGGAGAAAAGAUAUAAUAUGAAAUUGAAAUGUCUGAACUUAAAAAAAAAACCAUUAGUAAUUUCUUAUGAUAAUAAAUUAUGGUGUAAACAUAAAAAUUACUUGUUAUGGUAAUUUUAAUUUUAUUUUAAAUUGGUUGAAUAAAUAUUAUGGUUUAUGCAUUAUCACAUGUUAUAGUAUUUUAUUUAUUUUUGCUACAACAGAAUAACUCUAACAGAUUAAUUAGAGCUGUGAUUGAAAGUUACUUUUAGAGAAGCUUUUGUUGAAUAAAAACAGAUUUUCACCAGGUUCUAGUGUAACCCAAUCAAGAUAAAAAAUAGUUACUCUGGUGUCAAGUACUUUUGUGACUUUUAGAGUAAAUUUUUUCUUCUCUUUCUUAUGGAAUAUUCUGCUAUUCUCUUUUUAAUUCAUUUUCUCCAUUUUUUUUUUUUGAAAAUCCUUAGUUUUUUCAUUAAAGCUUAAAUUGGGUUCAAGGCCCAUAAAGCCUGUUUUGCACAAUGGUCAGCUCUCACAUUCAGAGUUCUAGAAAUAAACGUAAAGGAGAUUGUCUUAAAGGAGGAGGAUAUGAGGUAGAUAUCAUUAAGUGCUCCAAAGAUCUCCAAAUUUCUCUCCUUCCUCGAAAGCGUUUUGAUAAGGUUUUGAGAGUCUGAGAAGAUUGCAAUGGAUUCUAGUCCGAUCGAUAGGGCGAAGGUUAUGGCUGAUCGCACAGCCAAGGUUUCUGCCAUGAGGGGCGAUGAGACAAACGUCUCUGUCGCUGAGUGUUGGGAGGACGAUACCAGAUCAUCAACGAUCCAACCAAGUCCUGCGUUGCCCGUUGUUGAGUUCCAAGCUGCAUCUGUGAAGAUCGAGCAUAGAUCGAGCCUUCUAGGAUUUGGUUCAAUUCUGAUCACAGGCAUCGUUGGUUUCGAGAUUGGGGGGGGGGGGGGGGUUGAGCCUUUAACCACUCUCUUGCGUCCUUGAUUGCUUUUUGGAUCGUCUCUUCCGGUGUGAAACUCCGCUUCUCAAAGAUGAGGAGGUUCCUUGUUGAGCUACUUUUACCAAUCACACUCUAAAACUGGAUCUUGGAUCAUAUGGUCAGAGACCAAACCAUAAAUAAGAUUAGACUUUAGAUCCAUAAGAGCAUAAUUCUAGAAUCAUGUUUCCCUAAGAGCAUAACCAUGCGAUCGGAUACAUGAAAAAGAAGAAGGUAAGAAGUCAUGAGAAGAGAGACAAUCUCAUGUUCAGUUCUGGACGUGUGCUAAUUAUCUAAAAGAGGCAAAGAAUAGAUGAAAAGAAUGAUAUGCAUAGAUUACAAGACAUCAACAAAAUUCCAAUACAUGGUAUCAUAGAAUUGAGACAUGUAGUAUUUACAUUAAUUAUAGACAAAAUAAAACCUUUCAAUACUUAUGUUCAAACCAAAGUACAGACAUGUCAUCAUGAACUGAUCAUAUAAUAAAAGCUUUGAAUCCAUCAAUUAAGCUCUAAUUAUUUCGAGAUAGAUGAAGUUAGAGUUCAAAAAAUCCCAUGGGUGAAGAUUUUCAACAAAUCUCCUUUGUCCGCUCUCAUCGAUGUGAGCCCAGGCUUUACUUUGAUUUUCGAAUGAUAUAAAAUAAAAAGAGUAAAAGUCAUUGAGAAGAAGAAGAACAAAAGGGCAAGAGGAAGAAGAAAGAAGGUGAUAAGUGAAAGAGAAAGAAAAAGUUUCAAGUUAACACUAAGUGAAAGCUAAAGAUGAACGUGGACAAGAUCGUAACAAGUCGUUAGUGAGUUAAGGUACUAACUAGUUAGUUGUUAACUAAGUUAAGAGCUGUUGUAUGAAGGGGAGAAGAAGUUGUUAGAAUAGUUUAAGUGGUGGAGUAUAAGAGUGGUCUAAAGACUAGAGGUAUGUGUUAUGUUUUAUGUUAGGUGGAAGUCAGAAAGAAGUCUACUAUAAAGACUGUGGUGGUUUGUAAAAAAACAUGCAAGUAUGAAUGAAAAAUCAGUUUGAAAAAAAUCUUGAUCAGGCAGCAGCUAGAACCACAGCAGUAAUAGGUGUCAAUUUGAAGCCGCCACUUCCACGGGAGAGACUCUUGGAGAUCAGUGUGCAUAGCAAGACCAUUGUUAUAUCCAUUCUCUAAUUCCUUAUCAAACAAUGCAAAUAUGGAUUGUACUAUUUUUGCAUUCGAACUGCAAAUAAACUAAUGAACUUGGAUGCUUUACAACAUAUUAUUCACAAAAUAGCUUGAUGGAUGCAUUACAAACAAUUUGCAGCAUUAUGAAUAUGAAGUUGCUAUUUUUAUGAAUUGCUUAUAUUUUUCAUAUUUUUUGCUUUUGUCAAAAAAAUUCUUUCAUUUGUUUGUAUUUUUCAGUAGUGCUAAAGUAUUGGUAGAAUUUAAAUUAAAAAUUGAGUAUCUGAUUCACUAAAAAUUAAAAUAAUUUGAUUAAAAAAAAAGAUUUGUUAUUUGUUGACUAUAUAAAACAGUUACAUUUGGUAUAAGAUUUAUAGUUUAUCCAAAAAUAUAAAUUAUUCAAAACCCUGCAAUUUGCUUAUGUAUUUUAUUUUAUUUUUAAUAUUAACUUAUAUGAAAUCAUUUAAGGAAAUUUCUAAGAAAUUCUAUCUGCAUGAAAAAUAUGACUUACUCACAUCCCUAACAUUUGAUUAUGCAUUUUAAAAUUUUGAUUUAUUUAAGACAACUUUGAGAAAUGCCUAUCUGAUGAUCCAUAUUUUCAAUAAUUUCUUCAAAAACAUUUAUUUGUAUAAAUUAGCUUUUAGCAUUUAUAAUUUUUUCCAUUUUUCAAAUUGGUUAACAAACGUUUAUAAAUUUUCUCGAUUGUCAUAGCUAUCUUAUUAAACUGUAUUUAACAUAUUGCCAAAACUUUAUAAAAAUGUGUUCCCUGAUCUAUAAACAUUUAUAUUUUGGACAAAUAUAAAGUAGUGAUUUUAAAAAUAAUUGACAGAAAAAUACUGCUUUUGAGUACUAUUUUUGAAUUUCUUCCACCGUUAAAUAGUAUACACUUUUUAACCAUUCAAUUCCCACUUCAUUGAAGUUAACAUGUUAGUGUGUUUUAAAAAGUUCUAUGAUAUUCUUUCAAAAAAAAAAAGGGUUCUAUGAUAUUUGUUAUCAAUUCUGAAUGUCUUACAAAUGUUCUAUGAUAUUUGUAGCGCUAGUCCUACUUCCCUUCUUGUUGUAUAUUUUUCUUUGACAAAUUGGUAGUCAUGCUUGUCUUCUUUCUCUUUCUUAAUCUUUCCACUUUUUUCUUUUCAUGUAAUAAGUUGUUAACACAACAAUGUAAACUCAGAAAGUGGUAAAACCUUUAACAUUCAUACCAAAAAAAAAAUCUGAAUGUUUUGACACAAUCGCAACCAAAAUAUACUUCACGCCGUCUGUGACUCAGUCUAAUUAAUGAAAUGGACCUACAUUCGUAACACUUUAAACUACAGAUAAAUAACAAAAAUUAGGCCCAAAUAAAAUGCCGGUCCAAUACAAACAAGAAUUAACACAAG